AUGGAAUGGAGAAGUUUCUGGAUAAUGUCAGAAAAUGCUCAGCGACUUUCCAACACUAUUAGGAGUAUGCUUCAGACUAAACAUCUCAUAUCCGACUUCCUGCGCUGUAAGAUUGGAGAUGGAAACUCAGCUUCCUUUUGGGGGCCUCUGAUUUCGUUUAUUAGCUCAAGGGGUCCCUCUCAGCUUCGGCUCCCCUUGGAUGCGAGAGUUUCUCAAGCAACAAGAAAUAGGGAAUGGUUCUUACCUAAUCCUAGAUCAGAGGAGGCUCAGACGCUUCAGAUUGAUCUGACCACCAUUGACCCCCAUACAGCGUCUAAAGGAAGUGAUCAAUACCUCUGGCGCAAUGCUGCAUGUCUUUUUGUUCCUGAAUUCUCUUCUAAGGCGACUUGGGACCACCUACGAGAGCACUCUCCCCAUGUUAUGUGGCACUCUGCGGUUUGGUUUAAGGAGGAGAUUCCUCGAUGCUCCUUUAUCACUUGGUUGGCGAUGCUAUCAAGGCUUCCCCUAGGGACAGGCUUCGCUCAUGGGGGAUGA